AUGAUAUGGAUUGAAUCCCACUCCUACUACUACCAGGAAUCUAGUAAGACUUCCUGCAAAUCAUUCAUUAUACAGAGUGGAUGGUGCCUAUCAGUAAUUGCUGUCAAAAUAAUGGUAUCUCUCUCUCUCUCCCCCAUACAGACUAUGUCCUAGAGAAGGCCAUGCAUAAGAUUGUCCUGAAGCCCCUGAAAGGUGUGGUGGGGGUGGCCCUCCAGGAGUUCCAGGUCCGCAGCGGGGCGUGGCAGGAGCUUAAGGAGAACCUCUCAUUGGCCAAGGUCCGGCAGCCACAGGAAAUGGGCGUGACCGACGCACUCCCUCCGGAUCCAGUUGCCAUAGAGAAGAUCCGGCACAAGUUUUACACCAUGUGUAAACUCUACUCCCCUGAGAAGAAGGUGACCAUGCUGCUGCACGUGUGUAAACUCAUCUAUACCAUCAUGGAGGACAACUCAGGUACAUAGUGUACACACACAUGCAUAAACAACCAAUUACAUAUGUAUAGACACACAUACAUGCACACGCACGUGCACGUGCACGUGCACACACACAAACACAUCGACUCUCUCUCGCUCUAAUUUUAAUGCGGUAUGUGUCUCAGGACGUCUGUACGGGGCAGAUGACUUCCUGCCCAUGCUUACCUAUGUGUUGGCCCAGUGUGACAUGCCUCAACUAGACAACGAGAUCCUCUACAUGAUGGAGCUGCUGGACCCCUCUCUGCUCCAUGGAGAAGGUACAGCACACAUCUAUCUGCUUUACGUGUAUUGUCCUUCCUAAUCUUUCCUUUCUUCUUCCAUUUUAUUGUAGAUCGUAAUGUUCAAAUAAACUCAACUAAAUGUUGAGUGUCAAUCAUUGACUGCUGUUGUAGCAGUGUCAGGCUGCAGAGAUGUUUGACCCUCCUCUCUCCUGUCUUGUUCCAGGUGGGUACUACCUGACCAGUGCAUACGGAGCCAUGUCCCUCAUCAGGAACUUCCAAGAGGAGCAAGCAGCUCGUGUACUCAGUUCUGAAACACGCAACACACUCCACCAGUGGCACUGUCGCCGCACCACCCAACGCACUGCUCCCUCCGUAGAUGACUUCCAGGUAACACACACUCACACUGAAUUCUUAACUCUUAGUCCCUUUGACUAAAUACAUCUAAACAACCUUAUCUUUUUCAUUUUCCUCAGAACUACCUGCGAGUGGCGCUCCAAGAGCUGGACAGCGGCUGCACGGCCAAAACCCUGCAGGUGCAGCCCUACGCCACCACCGAGGAAGUCUGCCAGAUCUGCGCCUACAAAUUCAAAGUUCUCGACCCUGAGAAUUACGCUCUGUUCCUGCUCACUGAGGGCUCGAGCCAGCAGCUAGCCCCUGACACACACCCCCAGAAGAUCAAAGCUGAGCUCCACAGUCGACCCCAGGCCGCACCUUUUCACUUCGUCUUCCGUCGCAUGGCUAACCUCAAUGACCUGACCGUGACCUCUCUUGACCCCCAGUCCAACCUCAAUGACGUCACCCUUACCACGGACUCUGAGCCCAAUCUUAAUGAUUUAGCCUUAACCCCUUCGGACCCCCAGCCCAACUUCAACCUGGGUCUCAGUCCCAGUCUCAGCCUCAGUCUACCCCCCAACCAGCACAAUGGCAACUCCAUAUCUAUCUGAGACUGCAGGGCUGGGGGGGUUGAAACACCCAUCUGGACAUUCUUUCUGUAACCCAACAAAACUGAUCUGAGCUGUGUUUAAAUGGAUUUAACUAGGCUGAACUGGGCCUAACGGGGUUAAGCUGCGCCAUGCUAAGCUUAGCCAAAACAAACUUCCCCUUUUGGUGAAUAUUCUGUCUAGCAGGGCAUCCUCAAAGUGGAAAGCUUUGUCUAAAUACAGGAGGAAAGGCGAGGAAGAGGGAAGGAAAUGUGACAGAUGGGUUUAUUUUGCAGCUCUAUAUGUGAACCUUUGGGACAUGGCACGCAAGGAGCACACGUGAGGGCAAACACCACUCACAGAAAGGAUGGAUAAAGGCUUUGAAAUAGUCUUGUUACAGACACAGACAGACCUUCUAUACGGUCAUACUCCGAAAGUGUCUGAAAGUGCAGAUUCAGGGUCAGUUUUUGGUUUGUAACUCCUAGUGGUGAAGCAAAUGAUAAGUUGAAGGAAAGCUGAAUGAUAAGUUGAAGGAAAGCUGAUCUCAGAUCUGUGGAUAGGGGUAACUUUUGUCUGGAAUGGUUCCAUCUAGUGAUGUACUCGUUCUGGCCAUUCACUUUUUCUUCAGACCGAAAAUGUUUAUCUUCAGACAGAAAAGAGCCUUUAUAGCAAAUAUACAGCAAUUACUUUAUCUGGGUGAUAGCCUACUUCUAUUAUGAACUACUUGUUGCAGUUGCUGGUAAAUUGUAUGAUGUGUUUUUAUGUAAUAUUGUUUUAUCAUUACAUGUGCUUUUCUUUGUUAAAGUAAAAUGUUAGAAGUAGGCAUGUCUGCCAGUGAUUAAAUAAUGAACGUCCUUAAUGUUAUUAUGAUUAUCCAGGAGAUAUUAUACUGUACUUCCCUCAUAGCUAAUCCUUAGUUAAUAGAGGUCAUCACUGCCAUAAUGGUUGAUGUGUGAUAUAUGAUUGACUGGCUUGGUCUACAGCACCAGCGUCAAAUCUCAGACAAGGUCAUGAAAUAUUGUACUACUGACAAAUACUAAAAGUAGGCCUAAGUUGCCUUAUGAAAUUUGGUGUGUCGAUUCUCAAGCUGGUCUGAGAUAAUGCACACACGCACACACACACAC